AUGGAAUCAUUUACAGAGGACCACUCCAAGUUUCUUCUAUCCAAAGAAUGGCUAGUCAAAGUUGACUCGCAGAGUUCCACGCCUUAUCUAUUUAAAUUUACCUAUUCCUCAGUUGACCUAACGGCUUGCAUACUCGUCACUGACACCAAGACCGCGUGGGCCGAGGUCCUGACGAGCAAUCAAUUUGCCCGGCGGUGGCGUUUGUGUAACAAGCUCUCCAUUUCUCCUUUACUGGAUCCAGAUGAUGAAGAAUCUUGGCGAGAUCGUCACCUUACACUCCUAGAUAGGGCACACUCACUCGGUGGUUUUCAAGAGCUCACUUUUGAUGCGGCAAAACCGACCUUGGGGGAUUUGGCGCUUGAGCUGGAAUGCAGUAACUGGAAGUGGAGGUGGGAGCCCACCUUGCUCGGGCCCAAAAUAUCCGCAGAAAUCCUAUCAAAACACCUUAUCAUGCCCCUGAUAAGUGUUAAUCACCUUGCAUUUUCGUCCUCCGAUGUCUUGGGCGAUCUGACGCCCGGGGAACUCGAGAAGGCAACGGAUAAAGUCGGACGUACUGCAAGAAGGACGGCAGACACACAUAUCAGGAACGCGCUAUCAAAGCCACGCGUAUCGACGACCCUUCGGCGGAUGACGGCCAUGUUCAACUUCUUGCCUGAGCUUCCUGCAAUAAUCACUGACGCGGGCACUCCGGACCUUCGCGCGCCCGCGGCAGAAAUUCCGUCGCCCAAAAUAACGGUCCGAGAUUCAGAGCACACACCAAAUAUCCAGGAUUACGACAUGGAGUCUCCGAGAGAGCCCACGCCGCCCAAACUGCCACAACAAGAAGAUUCUGCCACCGAGUCUGAGGAUGAAGGGAUUGCGCUAAAGAAAGGGACCCUUGCUUCUCACACCUCCAGCCGCCACCUCCGCGAGUCAGGGCAGCCUCCUUCGGCUAACUUAUCUAAGAACGCCUCGCCAGCCCAGCCCGGCCGCAGCCGCAGCCACACAAAAGCCCCCGCAUCAGAGUCCGACUCCUCGCCCGUGCGGCCAACUAAGAAGCCCAAGCCUCCCGAGGAUUCAGAUAAGGACGACAGCGAGGAGGAGCGCAGACAGCGUGCAGCAGCGAUCAAGAGCGGAACUGCCGCUAAGCGAGGGACACGACAGCCAUUGAAACGAGGAGGCAAGCGUUUCUAG